AAGUGAAUGUGAUCGCUGAGGAGGUUCAAGAGAAACGAAACCGAUCCGAACGACGAAAUGAAAGAGUCUAAACGCGUAGAAUCUGCGGGAAAUAAACCCACACUAUCGCUUAUCGAUCUGCUCAUGUGGUUGAUAACCGCGGUCACGCGACUGACGCGAGCACUGCUGAGGCUGUUCCGGUGCGCGAGCCCGAGCGAUAACGUUAAAGCCAUGAGAAACGACGAAGCGACGCCGGUGUUUUUUGACCUGGAAACAACUGGACUGGACACGUCCGCGUGUGACAUCGUGCAGCUGUCGGCCCUCAGCGGGAACCAGACGUUUAACGCGUACCUCCUGCCCCGCUGCAGCAUCACUGACGGGGCGUCCCAGGUCACGGGUCUCACGGUCUCCGGCCAAUCACUGCUCUUCCACCGCCGUCCCGUCCCCACCGUCCCACACGCACGCGCCCUUGCCGACUUCAUCUCGUUCCUCAGGACCUUCAACAGGCCCUUCCUGGUGGGCCACAACAGCCGGCGCUUCGACUGGCCGAUCCUGCGGCGGGUCCUGGAGGAGUUCGCCCUGCUGGAGGAGUUCCGGCGCGUGGUGUCAGGCUGCGUGGACACGCUGACGCUGAGCAGAGACAUGUUCCAGCUGCAGAAAUACUCCCAGCCCUACCUCGUGGAGCACUUCCUGCGGGAGCCGUACGGCGCGCACGACGCCACGGAGGACGCCAGGACCCUGCAGGAGCUUUACCGCGUGUGGGACCCCUGCGAGAGCCUCGUGUGGAAGCACACCACCACACUCAGAUGAUGCAACACUCACCGGUUAUACACACACAUAUAUAUAUAUAUAUAUAUAUAUAUAUAACAGUCCCAGAAUAGAAAAAAAAGACGUUGUUUCUUUUUAAAAAUGCAAUGCAGCAUGAAAACUUUUUUAAGUUUAGUCAACUCAAAUAUCCAAGUCUCCAGUUGGUUAAACUUAAAGUGUUUGUGCCGCCUUCAUUUUAAGUUUCUUUUUCACAGUGCCGUGCCUUAUGGUGCAAAAGUUAAUUUCAGUAAUUCAACUUAAAAGCUGAAACUAAUAUAUCAUAUAGACUCAUUACAAGCGAAGUGAGAUAUUUCAAGCCUUUAUUUGUUAGAAUUGUGAGGAUUAUACAGCUUAUGAAAACCUUUUAACAAUAGUCUAAUUUUGACUUUGGUGUUUUCAUAAGCUGUGAGCUUGAAAUAUCUCACUUUGCAUGUAAUGAACCUAUAUGAUAUAUUAGUUUCAGCUUUUAAGUUGAAUUAUUGAAAUGCACCAACUUUUGCACCAUAUUUUCAUUUCUCGAGUUUCACCUGUGGUUUUAUAAC